GAGAGGUGGGUCUGAAAUGCUUCUCAAAUCAAUAUUGUAAUUUGUGCUUGACCUGACUUCUUUGGACUAGUCAAGAGUUACACAACUUUUUUUUUUAAUUGAUGAGCGAUUUCUAUAGUGGAUUUAAAACGAACCGAAUCUACAACAUUGUUGCGCUUGAAAAGUAUCUUCUCGUGAAUAUAACUUAAGGAGGGCGGGGUUUGCUGACUGAGGUUGCUAGGCACCGUUGUUGCCGCCGUUUCAUGGCGGGGUAUACGACAGUAGUUACGGCUGUGGUGGCAUUCGCUUCAACGUUUGUUUUUCCCCUGAAGCUAAUAUACUAGACACAAAGUAUUCUGCUAAGAUACAAAACUUUACAACGCUGUGUUUGUCAUGAUAUAGGCUGUGUGACACAACCCAAGGCUGGUGUGUGGGCAGGGGCGAGAACGACUUUUUGUGUCGCUAACUAGCUAACUUUUGCUAGACUUUAAGUUCGCAGCAUGAUGAUGCCGAGACAGAUUAGUCGAUUGCUAUUAGCCUCAUCUUGAAUAUACGGUACUAGCCGUGAUUCCCAUUCUAACGCCGGCACCAGCUAACCGCUAACUUGCCCAGUUUAACUAGUGAAGCGGCUAUGGAGGACUACAAUGAGUUCUGUUCUCGUGCCAUGGUCCACCUCCAGAGAGAGCGGGGACGGAGAAACCCUAUCCGGGAACCGGAAAGGAUGGUGGUCUCCAGCAUACAGUUCCACGGAAGACCUAUCCUACUCCCCUUGCUGAAUAAGGAUCAACACAAGCAGAUGGUCCAGUACAAACAGCUGGUUGAUGGGCUCGAGGCAGAGAGGCAGAGACUGCGGAGCAGCUCUCUCCUGUCUCGCGUACAGGGCAUUCUGAAUGGUGUACGGCUGUUUAAAGUGACUGACAAGCAACCGACUUGUGGCACAGCAAGACUGGAACAUAUGGCGAACAGCUCUACUUCACCUCCCAACAACUUCUUCACAGACAGAGGGGAAGAGCAGGAGGCCGAAACGGGGGAAAGCUGCCCCCGUCAAGGUGUUAGUUUAUUGGGCAGGAGUGAGUCCACAGUGAGUGUCAUCCAGGGUGAUCCAGGAUCAUGGGAAGAAUACACCUCUGAUGUCCAUGAGGGGGACUGUUUGGUCAGUGGCGUGGCUCACAGCCCAGUCAGAUAUCAGCACCCUAGCUACCCCAACUCCCCAGACUCUCUGCUGGGCAGCAGCUCCCACAGCCUGACUGGCUCCUACGCCCGUCUGCCCAGCCCUCGGGCUUUGCUCAGCCCUGCUCUGUCAGGCUCUACACCUGGCAGCCAUGCCCGGCUUGUCCCCCUGGGCAGCCCGAAACACAGUCUCUGCCCUGUUGCACACCCACAGAGAUCGAGUCCCGCUUCUGCCGGUAACAUCCUCAUCUCCUGUCCGAUGAGUGCUGCAGAUCUCAGCCCGGUGGUCAACAGGAAGGGGCGGGUAACAGGGAGACGGGUUCCUGUGCCUGUAACAGAAUUCUCUCGAGGGCUCAACUUACAAAGAGAUGAACCCUGGAACGCCAGCCUGUCAGAAUUUAGCUUUGCCGCUACCAAGGAAGAAGUGUCCUGGUCAGACACUAAUGCCACUGUCUCUGGCUGCGUAAGUAGACCAGAGAUCCUGUCGUCCACCUGGGAGAAGAGUUCACUGAAACAUGUCCCAGCCUGCCAUUCGCUGCGCGCCCAGCCCAUCUCAGGCCCUGUCCACACUUCCUCUCAGAGCCGGAGCAGAAUCAGGACAUCGCAGCGCCAGCCAAGGCACAGUCCACACAGGCCAAACCCCUGCCUGCGCUCCUCCCCGGCCGGCCAGCCUCUUUACACGCCAUCCCAGGGCCCGGUGAAGAGCAGCACCCCGCAACAGAGUCAGUGCUCCUCACCGACCCCCCUGAACCGCUCCUAUGACGUGCAGAGUCCCCUGCCAAAUCUGUUGAGGCCCCAUGUGGUGUCUGAGUCCCCGGGCCUCCGGGUUGAAGACAGACCGUCCCCGGGCGUCCGGGUAGAAGACAGACCGUCCCCGGGCCUCCGGGUUGAAGACAGACCGUCCCCGGGCCUCCGGGUUGAAGACAAACCGUCCCCGGGCCUCCGGGUUGAAGACAGACCGUCCCCGGGCCUCCGGGUUGAAGACAGACCGUCCCCGGGCCUCCGGGUUGAAGACAGACCGUCCCCGGUCCUACGGGUUGAAGACAGACCGUCCCCGGGCCUCCGGGUUGAAGACAGACCGUCCCCGGUCCUCCGGGUUGAAGACAGACCGUCCCCGGUCCUCCGGGUUGAAGACAGACCGUCCCCGGGCCUCCGGGUUGAAGACAGACCGUCCCCGGUCCUCCGGGUUGAAGACAGACCGUCCCCGGGCCUCCAGGUUGAAGACAGACCGUCCCCGGGCCUCCGGGUUGAAGACAGACCGUCCCCGGGCCUCCGGGUUGAAGACAGACCGUCCCCGGGCCUCCAGGUUGAAGACAGACCGUCCCCGGGCCUCCGGGUUACACAGGAUAUGUCACUUGAGGAUCGACUGUCUCUUGGCCAGUCUCCUGGCCGUGUUCAACACAGCACGCUGGACCUGACGGCCUCUGAAGCAUCUUGUGAUGGUAGCAGGUUGACGCUCAGCUUCUUGGACAGCGGGCCCACAGAGCAGGACAGGAAAACGAUGGAGAUCCAGAGACAGAUCGAGGCAUUAGAGGAGAUGAGACACUAUCUGCAGGAGGACCACGCACGGCAGCUCUCUCUGCUCCUCUCAGAACAACACCGACAACAACAGACCCUGACACAGCCAGUGUCUGAGGAGAGAGGGCUUAGAAGACCGGCGUACACAGAGCCCCCUAGUGGAGCUCCUGGGACCUGCAGAGAGGUUUGGGUCAAUCCCUCUGAGACCCCAGUUUUGCCGUUUUUCUUCUUCACCUCGCCGAGGCCGGGAGAGAGAUCCUCUGAAGGUCGCCUUCGCCCCAAGCUCCAGCACGCGUUGGGUCGCCUGGGAGCUGUGGUCCGAGGAUUCCUUACACGGAGACUGCUCCACACUGAGAGGGUCAAACAGCUCCGGAAGACUGUGUGGGACACCAAGGAGUUCAUUCGCUCGUUGUCAACAGACUCCACAAAGAAAGGCGCUCUUUCCCCUCAGGUCAGAACUCUGCAGGAGAGAGGUAGAGCUCAGCUGCGGGCAGCGUUGUUUGAUGUGCAUGAGAUCUUCUUUACUGUGCCUGUAAGAGAACGUCUUGCCCUGAUACAACAAGACAGGGAGCUACGCACUGAGAGGACACUCAGAGACAUGGAGAAAUCCAAGAGUCCACGAGACAAGGUGGUUCUGUCUGCUGCCACUCAGAAAUCUCUGGAGAGGAAAAAGAAGAGAAUGAUAGAGUCUCUCAGACAAGGAAAGAAGACCAACCAAAAGCCAAAGAUCCUUUUUACUUCCAGGUGUUGUACAUCACACACUUCGCAAAAUAACUGUGCUACUAGGAUCCUGCAACCUAGCCAGGACCAAAACACCAUCUCCUUCUCCAACCUCCCCACACCAGAAUCAGGGAGGGGCUUAUCUCUGCUGGCUAUCUCUUUGUCUGUCUGUUCUCAGAAGCCUGGGGUGUAAGGAUGAGAGCGGGGUGAGGAGGUCCACUGUCACCUAGAGGAACACCAAUCACAAGGGGUGUUCUUUGACCAAUGGCCUUAAUUUACACCUGAAUCCAAAGGCACCUGCCAAUACUUUGUAACUUCAGUCUUUAUAUUUUAAUUAUUUAUUUAAGAAAAUGUGUUCUGACUUGUUUUUUAACUAGUUUUUUGUCUGGAUAUACUAAACACGUCUAUGUAGAUAUCUAUGUAAAACAAGUAC